GGGUAAUUAAAUUCGAAGGGUGUGAUGGGAUACAACGACAAUGGCGGAUGAUUCAGAGAAACUGCGUAAACAAAUUGCUGUUUUGUCAAAUCUCAUACAAACGCACAAACAGGUAAAACAGGAAUCACAAGUGAGACCAAAAGUUGUAGCUGAACGGUUUAGUUGGGCAAAAAUUCGGAGCAACAAAGAAACAACGAAUCCAGAGAAACAACGGAAACAAACACAAAAUGUAACGUCAUCAUUUUUAUCAACGACGUCGGCUUCCAAGUGCUCUAGUAAAGCGAAACCUGGGGCAUGUUCGAGCUCAAGAAAAGACGCAAUAGGUGGUAAUCUAAAUCUAGCCUUUAACUCGAAUGGCAAUAGGAUUAUAGUUGCUGGCCACUCAAAGCCAUCUUCAUCCAAAAGCAACAUUUCUCCAGAACUUCCCAUGAGUAAACUUAAUACUGUUUCUAAGAGCUUUCUAACAAAAUCCCCUACAAGAUGGGUCAGAAAAAGUGAUAUUUCCCAAGAGGAAAAGAGUCAUUCAGAUUCAGAGAUUUACAAAGGGACAAAAAACACAAAAGGUAAAAUUAAUCUCCAAAUAAAUCUUGCACAAUCCAAGGCUGUAUCAACAUCAAUGUCAACAUUAUCAGCAAGGCUGUCUGAGUUAUCAUCCACUCUUGCCUUGGCCUCAGCAAAGCUGCAGCCAUCAUCAAAACCAGUACUGAGCCACAGAAGUUUUAAGGAUUCAAUGCCUAGUACCUCAACCCAAAUGCCAAGGCAAGCUGAAGCAAUGACUUCUAAAAAAUUGCAUGGGACAAGACCUCAGAACACUAGAUCUUAUAGCUGGACCAAGUCUGGCAGUAGUCAAAUAGCACCUGUAAAUGUUAACAGUACAGCCGAUCUUAAAUGGGCUAAACCUGGAAUAAGUUCUGGACAGUCACCAACUACCAACAAGAGGACGGUGUUUUUGUCUGGACCGUCCAGGUCUGUUACUGGUGAACAAACGUGGUCAAGAAAGAAGAAGAAUAUGACCACUUCUCAAUCCAAGCAUGUGUGGCGAUCCAAGAACUUAUUGAAGCUUGAUAACACCAAGUCAUCCUCAUUUGGCAUCAGUCAAUCAACACCAAGAAGGAGAAGCUCGGAGAAGAAGAGCCUAAACAGGAAAUCUAUAGUGAGCAGGUACCGAGUAGUUCAUACCAAGAGAAAGACCCCAAUCAAAGCUGAGAAGUCAAACAAAGUUGUUGUCAUUGGAGGUGUGAUGUACAAAAGCUCUUCCAAUAGACUUCAGAAAGCAGCAUCCACAACUUCACCCCAAUCAACCAAGACCACCUCUAGGACAAACCAGGGCAGUCCACCCUCGGUUACUUUGAGUAUUCGUGGGGAGAAGUUUACCAUGGACUCUAACGGCAAGACUCUGCGGCGGAUUAACAAAGAAAAACCCAAUGCAAUGGCAAGCAGUUCUGAGACCCCAAAUACAAACCAGAGCAGUGCUUCUCCAAAACUUGUUGGCAAAAGGCGAUCAUCGAUGAAAAGGAUAUCAAUUGGUGGAGCCGUGUUUACAGAAACAUUACCUGGUGUUCUCAUAAGAACUGCUCAGCAGUCAACUAGGCUCUCAGCUAGUCGUAAGAGUGUAAACAAUGCUCGUCAAUACAAGUAUAAAAAGAUGACAGCAACGGCCAGGGCAGAGCAAUACUGCAUGUACUACAGUAGAUUUGGCAAGUGCAACAAGGGUGAUAAAUGCAAGUACAUCCAUGAUCCCUCCAAAGUUGCUGUUUGUACAAAAUUUCUUAAAGGAAAAUGCAAGAACACUGAUGGAACCUGUACUUUCUCUCACAGAAUUGAUAAGGAGAAGAUGCCAGUGUGCCAGUUUUUCCUGAAGGGGACAUGCUUCAAUGACGAUUGCCCUUAUUCCCAUGUCAAUGUCAGUAAUAAGGCAGCGAUUUGUGAGGACUUUGUAAAGGGUUAUUGUCCUCUUGGCCAACAGUGCAAAAAAAAGCACUCUUUGGAAUGUGAAGAAUUUACUUUUACUGGGAAGUGCUCCAAAGGCCACAAAUGCAAGCAAAUGCAUCGCAAAAAGAGACCUAAGAAGCGAAAAUCAACUGAUCAGCAUUCCAACCAGCCAAUAGCCAAGAAGAAAGCCAUGGAGGAGACUGUAGAUGAGGGAUUCUUGCCCCUGGAGCAGCCCUACGAUUCUGUGCCCGAGGAGUCAAGUGCUGCAGAUGUACCAGAUUCAGAGUCAAGACAAUCCACACCCCAAACCGUCCAGAUCAGGCCGAGGUUCCUACAGAAACAGGACACUGCAGGAUAAGUAUGAGGGGUUGGGUGGGGCUGUUUGUCGUACCAAGAUUGUGCCAUUUGACGAGGUUUGCACAAAGUAACUUCACUUUUGGCAUAUCUCGUUAAAUGAUUUCUGUGUAUUGUAGUGUAUUGUGCCUUGUGUAUUGAUGGCUUUCAACAUUAAAAUGAAUAACUAAAAACGUAUGAGAAAAUAUAAAAAAAAACAAUGUAAAAAUUGAGAAUGAAAUGCAAUAAAUUGGUGGAGUUCUGCA